GUUCUCCGACAUUGGGUGAGAUAUUCAACCCAGCUCGGGAUUGUCCUGAUAUUGUUGAUCAAUUACCCGAAGCUGAGGAUGGAUUUUACUGGAUUGUUCUGCCCAAAGGAACGAAGCACAAGGUAUGUGUCUGGAUUACGUCAUGUCCACCAAUAGCCAUCUCGCGCCGUGGGAUGCCUUCCCACCAGUUAAUAAAAGAGACGGGAAAAUGUGCAGAUGCGUUUGGUUCAUCUCGCAAGCCAGGCUCUCUACUUCCGCUUCGUGUUAAGCCUAGUUUCCAUAAGGUCGUUAGCUGUCGUUACCUGUCUUUCGGGGUUCUUGGAGUAAUCUUGAAAGACCGAUAACGACUGAGUGAAACAGAAAACGACAGCGUCGCUGGCAGUCUUCCUAACGGCGCGAAAAACAAAAUGGCGGCGCUUAACAGGGAGUUUCUUCUUCAACUAAAUUUGUUUAUACUCCUUGCGGUAAGGCGACAACAAAGAAAAAGGAAAAAACACCGCUUCUGGAACAGAGAAAUUUUUCAGAAGCGAGAAGAGCUUGGUGCGUACCAUAGCUAGUCCUAGAACUUCGUCUCCACGACAGAGAAUACUUCUUCAGGUUCGUACUUUUAUCUUUUAUCGUACGUUUCGUCAGAAUAGUCAAUAACCCCAUCUGUAUCCGCCAUUUUGAAUUGGGAACAAGCAGCAUUAUGGGAAGAAUCGUGUCGUUUCCUGUCGUUGAGAUAGGAUUUCUUCUAUCCCAGCGACACUAUCGUUUUCUGUUUCUCUCAGUCGUUAUCGGUCUUUCAAGAUUACUCCAAAGACACCGAAAGACAGGUAACGACAGCUAACGACCUUAUGGAAACUAGGCUUUAGGAAGGGAAGCGGAACUAGAGAACUUGGCUUGCGAGUUGCCGUUUGGUAAACUUUAUCUUUGGCCCUUUCCUUACAUUCCUAGCAUUAACGAAAAAUUAAAUUAUAAAAAGUAAUAGCAUUGGUUAUGUAAAGAAAAGUUAGACUUUGUCAUCUAGAUGUGUGCUAAAUUUCAAGAGAUGCAGCUUAAAUAUUGUGAUUCUAUGGCAGGCAGGCUCUUGCGGCUUAUAUAAAAUCGGGAGAAAAACCUCAAAGCACAGCCAAGAAUCAGCCGCACUUCUUACACAAGUUUUAGGUGACUACCCUGCACCAACAUAAUGUAGCCCUGACACAGUACUAUUGUUUAAAAGUACUGUUAACCACAAUAAAUCCUUUGCCUGUUAUCAUAAUACUCAUAAGUCGGUAUAUAUACUCAUGAGCAUGCUCAUAUAUAGCUACAAAAAUCCGGUAUGCUCAUGAACAUAUGCUGCGCUAAUGGGCAUGCUCCAGUGAAAUGAAUAUAACUAGAACGCUACCUCCAACAGGAAAUUUGAAGCCAACCUUCAAGACCAGUCCCAAUCCUUUCACGCAAGCGAUAAGCGCGGUCAAUCCGUCAAAAUGAAUAUGUACUCUUGAAAAUCGGCUUAAAAUUUACCCACAAAGUUUUCUGUCAAUGCAUUUAUUCAGGUAAAACUUCCGUGUAGACUUUACUUUUAGUUUUUUCUUACAAUUGUUUAUUGAAAGAGCAUUUUUCUGCGAUAGAACUGUGCCUCGAGAGAAAAGCUAGACAUAAACACGCGUGUCUGGGGGACAGAUUUGGCUUCAAUAAAAAGGCAGUUCAUCUCAAGGUAGCGUUUCAGUACGUUAUAAUAAUUUCACUGAGGCUAAUUAGAUCCAGUGAGCUCUAUAUAUAUCUGGAGUAAUAGCGGUCACAGAACUGAGAAUUUUUGGAGAAGAAAAAUAACAUAUUCCUGAACGUAAUAUAACACAAUGCAGCACAACAAUUAAGUUCACAUAUGCAGCGUAAUAAUUAGUUGGGAGUAGAGAAUUUAACUUGUCAUUUCCUUGGGCAAAAUAGAUUUGGUGUGACGUACAUACCGAUGGUGGUGGAUUUGCGUUGGUUGGAAUGAAGGAUAGUCCUGUAUCUUGGACAGUGCCAUCUAAUUCUAUCCCUGUUGAUCCUCAAGGACCCCCACAUUGGUCCAGUGAUCUUGGUGAUGUCGAAGUUCUGGACUUUAGAGUUCAAUUUUCAACAGAUAAAGGAUUUGAAGGAGCAAAGGCAGACUGGUAAGAAAGCUUUGGUGAGAAGCAAAGGAUGGCCAGUAACGGCAGUCGAACAACAAAAAAUAAGAAAGUUAAGAGAAGCAUAUCAAACAAUACACGAAAUGUAACCAAUUGAACGAACCAUAAAUAACUGGCGUGUAGCUGCAGAGGCCAUUGGGUACACUCCUCUUCGUUUUUCUAAAUACAACUUUUUGGGAUUAUACUCCCUUUCAAGACAAAAUAAUAAAAAGUAUGCGUUUGCAUGCACUUCUAAAUUCGAUUUGUUCUCCACUCCUCGUACCUGGAUGUUCGGAAACUAUCGGGUACUGUGAAAAUUUAAAGUGUGAUUAACAAAAGCAUAAAAAUCCUUUUUCACUGUAGGUUUUACCGAUUAAAUCCACAACGUAAGUUUGGAGAUAUCUUUUCUGUGGACAAAGGAUGUCCUGAUCUGCAAGCUGGAAUUGGAAAUAUCGAGUUUGUUAAAGAUCUGCUGAAGCAAUCUGUCCUUACCAAUAAUUUCAAAUGCUCAAAGUUUGGACCACAUACACAUCAUAUGUUGGGAUGGGUAUACAGCUGAUUUUUUUAAAAAAUCUGAUAGUCUAGAUCUAUACUCUUCUACAGAAAUCCCUUAGGAAAAUCCAUUUUUUGGUAUUUCUAUUGUAUUUAUAUCUACAACUUCCUAUUGAUAUUCAACUUUUUUAUGCCUUCAAGACCCACUUCAUUGUGAAAAAUAGUUACUGGCAUUCUCAUUUUAGGGAAAAAUGAAUUACUGUCUUCGACAUCAGUGCAAUAACGGAUACGCAAUAUUAGAUGUAAUUAAAUUUCGAUACGAUAAUUUUGGAGCAUACAGGUAUUGGAUCACGGAGUUUUAAUUGUCGUCAAUACGUACAUAACAAAUAAAUUUGAAAUUACGAUUCAAUUUGAUAUUACCUAUAAAUAAUCUACAAGAAAACAACAUUUUAACUGUUUCAUUUUGCAUAGACGUUCGUUACUUCUUAUUGACUGAAAUUGUAAUUUUCUUCAGCUAUAGCGCUGUUUCUUCAUUCUCUGGAAUGAAUCAUAAUUCCACAGCGUUUGUUGGAUGUGAUCGCGGCAAGGUAGUUAUUUGUUAAAAACAAAUAAUGUUAUUACUAAAACAACGUUCACAAUAAUUUGAUUAUGAUCAAUGUAUGCUAGUCUCAAAUUUUAAUUAUGUGGAAUGUAUCUAGAGAAAAUUUGCAUUUCUCCAUAUUUUGUAGUGUUGUGCAUGUUUUGGACCUAAAGGUGGAAGACAAAACUACUGUGGUUCUAAUUGCACUGCAAUGAACGGUGGAACUGUAACGACAAAAGCUUUCGUUUGGUUUUGGGUGCGAACCAGAAUGCCUGAACGUCUGUGGAAAAGAUGUAUGGAGUUUGUGGUGAAAAACUCCGCAGGAAAACCUGAAAAACAUUUCAUUGAUCCACAAACAGGCACUGCACAAAAGGUGGGGACAUUAUUAAAAGUUAAAAUGACACUAUUGUGAUUGAUAGCAACAGGCAAAAUACCACCAGAAGCAACAGCAGCGACAACAACAACAACAACAACAACAACAACAACAACAACAACAACAACAACAACAACAACAACAACAACAACAACAACAACAACAACAACAAUAAAAAUAAAAAUAAAAAUAAAGAUAACGCCAAUGAAAAUGACAAUGACAGUCAGAAAGACAACAAGAAAAACAACAACAAGAAAAACAACAACAACAACAACAACAACAACAACAACAACAACAACAACAACAACAACAACAACCACAACAACAACAACAAUAAAAAUAAAGAUAAAAAUAAAGAUAACGCCAAUGAAAAUGACAAUGACAGUCAGAAAGACAACAAGAAAAACAACAACAACAACAAGAAAAACAACAACAACAACAACAACAACAACAACAACAACAUAAAUAAAUAAAUAAAUAAAUAAAUAAUACCAACAACCGCAAAAACGACGAUAAAGACAACAAUAGCUGUGUCAGUAACAGCAAUGUUCACAGAAAUAGGAAAAUCAUCAUCAAAAAUAGCAAUAACGACAAAUUACAAACUAAAUUUAACCAGCAGUUUGGUUUGUUUUUAGGGUUCCUGCUCAGGAAACCUUAGAUCAUUUUUAAACGAAGGUGUAAGUAGAAUAUUUCAGGCAAAGAUUUAUAUCACCGACAGCAGUUAUUCUGAACUUCUAACCCAUUCUCUCAGACGGACUUCUGACGGCCGACUUCUGCUCAAGAGUCGGAUAUUUUUAAUUAAGCUACAAGAAACCUUUAUUCGUACUCACAAGAAAAUUAGUUAUUUACCUACGUUAUAAUACAUACGUUAUUUAGAUAUAUUUAUGAGUUAGAGUACUGGCUGCACGAAAUAACCAUAAGGGCUAGAGAGAGAGUGCAGCCAAUAAGGACUGGGGAAGAUAUAGACAUACAACAAGCUCACAGAACAGCUGUCUCCAACAGGAUAUGUACGUUGGAGAGAACUGCACACAAAGUAACCUCAUUACAAUGUACAUUUUUACAUCAAAUAAUAAAGUUAGUUUUUAUUACAAUUCUCAAUAUUUCUGGAUCAUUUCAAUUUUUAUUCUCUUUUUGAAUUGCGAGAAAAAGAGAGAUUUGACAUUUUCUUCUAAAGAAUUCCAUAUUUUAACACCUUGGAAUCUUAUAUUAAAGAUACCAUAAUUAGUUCUAGUUUUUGGUAAAUAGUAUGAUUGUUUAACAGCAAGUCUUGUACUAUAAUUAGAAACCCCAUGGACCGGAAUAUAAAACUGAUCAAAGGCCACCGGUAAUAAGUUAUUAUGGAAUUUGUACAUAAAUUUAACAAGAUGGAAAGAAACAAGAUCAGACAGCUUCAUGAUAUUCAAUCUUUUAAAUAAGGGACUUGAGUGUUCAUCGUAUUUUGAAAAUGUAAUUAUUCGUAUAGCUUUCUUUUGUAAAAUAUACAAGUGUUGUAGAGUAGAGGGGUAUGUAUUACCCCAAAUAGUUAUUCCAUAAAUCAAGAACGGGUAAAUCAAUGCAUAAUAAAGAUUUACAAGAAUUUGCUCACAAACAUGGUAGCGUAAUUUGGAAAGGAUCCCAAUACUUCUUUUAAUUUUUUUUGCAAUGUAAUUUGUUUGACUUUUCCAGUUAAGAUUAAAAUCUAUGUAGAUUCCCAAAUAUUUAAUACAAAGUUCUUGUUUUAAUUCUUUUCCAUUCAAAUAUAAUUUGAGAUUUGAGGAUAUUUUCUUUUGUGGAGGAUGAAAAAUAACAAAAUUUGACUUUUCAAUAUUCAGAGAAAUUCGAUUUAAACACAACCAUAUGAGUACAUGAUUUAGCACAUUAUUUAAGUCAUUUUGUAACGUAAGCAAAUUUUUGUGUUUAUAGAAAAGAUUUGAAUCGUCAGCAAAUAAAUGAAAAUCUAAAAGUUUUGAGCAAUAAUUGAAGUCAUUUACAUAUAGCAGGAACAGCAAUGGUCCCAACUGAUGUUAUAGAGGAGUACUUAAUUUAAGAGAAAGCAUUUCUUUACUUUAUUUUAUUUUAGACAUUGACAGUAUCUGACAAGGAAAGUUUUGACAAGAUUCCAGAUGUUCCAGGUCUUCUCUCAUAUCGUAAAGAUGACAAACAACUUUAUAUCAAUCAAGGAUCAAAGUGGCAAGCAUUAAGUACUGAACAAGAGGUUAGUUUAAUUAGAAAUAUAACAACAUCGCUUGCACUGUUGAACUACAUCAUUACAUUAUGUAGCUGAAAUUAAUGAGUCAGUUUAGAAUAUACUAUAUGAGUAUGACACACAAUGCAGUAUACACCGAAUACACGAGGAUAUUUUUAGCUUACAAUUUUAAGACGUAUUUAGCUGAAGAAACCGGAGGCGAGCUGAUUUCAAACAUAUUUUCAACGUAAAUUCAUGUAAAAAAAAGGAAAAAAGCCUUUGUCGCUAAAAAAGAAAGGUUUAUUUCCUUUCCUAAAGUAUUCUGUAUAAAAAAACCAUGCGUAUCGUGUCUGAAUGUAGCACGGUUAUUAAAGACAACAACACAAUUACUCCUAGUCAAAUUCAAUAUGGCGGAUUUACAUGAUUCGUCCUUUUAAGUAGGCAUUCGAUAUUUAGUAUAUACACACGCAUCGCUGAAGAUUAAAUCUAUUGUAGUUUGAGCAAACCAAGAAACAAAUCCAAAGUCAAGAAAAGAAAAUUCAAAGUCUAGAAAAUAAAGCCAACAUUCAAGAAAAGAAACUUCAAAAUCAAGAAAAGAAAAUCCAAAGUCAAGGAAAUAUGAUUAGAAAGCUAGAAAAAGAAAAUCAAGGUAACAAAAUAAAAGGAUCACAAAAAUGGUUAAGGUUAUAG